AUGAACAUUAAUUUCAAAAGGAUAAUAAGUAACUCAAUAUUUAUUAUAUCAAUACCAUGUUUAAUUCAUAAUCAUAUUUUUACAAUAAUGUAUGAUGACAAUAAAAAAAAUAAUAGAUUUUUUAAUAAUGAUAAAAUUAAAGAACCAAUAAAAUCAGAUAAUAGUCACAACAGUAGACCCAAUAAAAUAUUUGAAAUGAUCACAACUGACAGUAAUGGUAACAUUGUUUCAACAUCAACCGCAACCAUUUCAAAUAAUAAUGAUAAUAAUAAUAAUAAUGAUAGUAAUGAUAAUAAUACCACAAUCACAGAAUCACAAAAUAUUAAAAAAGAAUACACCGAAAGAAAAUCAUUGUUACCAUUUAGAUUAAUAUUUAUUAAUAAAUUUUCAAAAAAUUAUAAACAAAAUGAUAUUGUUGCAUUAAUAGAUCCCAAAUCACCAAAUGAAACUAUUAUUAGAAAAGUUUUAGUUGCAUCUAAUGAUUUAUUGCAAUACUAUGCAACCGGAGUCCCCACAGGAUCAUUAAUGUACGCCGAACCUAACAAAGUGGGUGAGAAUUCCGCAAAGGUUACCCCAAAAGGUAUGGUGUUGGGUAAAGUUAUGUUCUAUAUAUAA